AUGGCCUCAAGAGCCUCCGCCGGCGCAGCCGCAACAGGCCCUCGAGCCAGCCCCGGCGGCCCAGGAGGCCCGGGAGUCACGGCCAAGUCCACCUCGGAUCCCAUCCUUCGCAAUGCUCUGCGAUACACCAUCUCGGCUCGCGAAUACGCCGUGCUGCACAAAUACGUCAUCUCCAAGUCCAAAACGCUGAAGAAACGGGCACCGACAGUCGAUACUGUGCAGAGAAUCAUGGACGGUGAACCCCAGAAUAGGGGUCGCGGCGGCGGUGGUGUUAGUGGUCAGGCGCCGACCAAGAGUUACGCCGCUGCUGCUGCUGCUGGCACCGGCGGUUCUUCCGGCGAUAAGGGAUCCAAGGCGAAGGCUAAAGAGGAGGUGUUGGCCAGGAUUGCUGGCAAGGGUGCGGGUGCCGACGAUUACAAUGCGAGGGCGAUUAGACACUCGCUGCGCGUCUUCAUUGCGACAGGCGCGUUGAUGAAGUUGUGGGGGAUCGUGUCGGCGAGGGUUCUAGGGAAGAAGCAAGUUGGUGCUGCUGGCGGUCAGAAGCAGCCGCUUCACAAAUCGCCGACCCUCCGGCUAUCCGUAUCACUCAGCACCAUCUUGCUGAUGUACCGACUUCUUUUCCGCUUUUUCACGCGUCUACGUGCCCAUUUGCUGGACCCUACGGCGGCUCCGUUCCGGAUCCGUAACCCCAAGACUACGCUCACACUUACGUCGCCGUAUGCCCCUGCCGUCGGCGCUUCUCUGGCUGGUCUUGCGCUGGGUGUCUAUCCGAGCCAGCAGCUGCGUGUUUCCAUUGCCGUGUACGCGCUCUUCAGGGCACUUGAGUUCGGAUGGAAUUGUGCCGAGGACAACGGCAUGGUAUGGGGUUGGGAUAAGGGCACCCACGGCAGGCCGGACAAAAAGCGGGUGAGGCCGUGGUGGUGGGGCAGUUGGAUGUUGCAGCCCUUUGCUUUUGGCCAGCUGUUGCAUGCCGCUGUGUUCGACCGGGACUGUUUCCCUACGGCCUAUGGCGAUUUCAUCUUCAAGCACUCGACAGCCUAUCUCCAUGCCAGGCCCGAGGAUUUCCCUCUCAGCCUGAAGGCAUUCAUCUCUCCCGUCCUCUUCCCCGGCAAAGAAGAUACUUUGCCCGCCUCCCUCUCGGCCAUCGCGCCCCUUACUUCGGGCGCUCAUCCACUUAUCACUUCCCUCUCUUGCGCCACACUCCAUCCGUCCGACCCGUCCUGCAGCCGCACCUUCCUCACCUUCUGGCUGCGUUCCUUCCCGCCCUUGACCAAGAUCCUCCUCCUCGUGUACUCGGCCAUGGUCCUCCCGCGCUUCAGCUCGCUCUACCACUACCCGCUCUCCACCAUCCAGGGCAUCAUCUCCAACGCGCUGCGCAUGUCCACCUUCCUCACGGGCGCCCUGGGCACCUGGUGGAGCAGCAUCUGCUUCUUCCAGACAUGGCUGCCGCGCACCUUCAUGCCCACGCAGCGCUUCUUCCUCGGAGGCUUCUUGGCCGGCUUCUGGGCCUAUCUGGAGAAGAAGAAGGGCCGGCCGAUCUUCUUGCACACGGCCAAGGCGAGCUUGAACAGCCUCUGGAAGGUCGGUGUCAAGAGGAGGUGGUGGCGCGCCAUGAAGGGUGGGGAUGUCUGGGUUUUCGUGGCGGCGUUGGCGCUCACGGGCGUGGUGUAUGAGCGGGACGCCAAAUCGUUGAGGGAGGGCAACUGGAGGAAGGGCGUCAGCUGGGUUAGAGGUGAAGGGUGGAGGGAUUGGGUCGAGACGUUGGAAAUUGAGGGUGAUGAUGAGGCGGAUGAGAAGGAGGAUAAGUUUUAUGGGCGUGACAUGAUUGAGGAGGAGGAUGAGUCGGAAGAGGAAAACUUGAGGUAUUAA